AGUUGACACCGCACCAUCCCCGUAUACUGUAGAGCUAGUCAGGUUAGGGUCAUUUUAUUCGUGGCCAGAGAAUCAUCCUAUCAAUCCGAGAACAUUAGUAAAAGCUGGGUUUUAUUACAGCGGAGAAAGCGAUGAAGUCGAGUGCUUUAGUUGUCAUGGAAAGUUUAGUGGUUGGGAUGGUACAGAGACCCCCGCAGAAAGGCAUAUUCGAGAGCACCGGGACUGUGAAUUUGCCAGAAAUCUUUUUGAAAAAGAGAGGGAAAAUAAAGAUUCUUUGUACGAUACCGAUUCAGUAAUACGAGGUACUGAGAACCUUAGCUGUAACGACUCUUCUGUAUCGCCUUUUGAAAGAGAAAGCGUUUCUCCUCCACCAAUAGAUGACAAAAAGAAUCAUCAAUUCAUUCGCACAUUUAAUGAAAAUCCCCGAAGCACGUCAAUGCAAUAUGGACAGGACACUGUAGAUAAUACUGCCUACGUACAACCAUCUCCUAGCCUAUCCAAACAAGAUAAUGUGAACGUUUCCUACAUACACACUAACAACCUAUCAGGCCAGAAAACAUGGACAGGUGCAGGUAAACUUUCUAUUCAGCCUUGUGGGCCGAAAUGUCCCAAAGAUUUGAACACUGAGAUACACCGAAUUCACACCUUCUUCGGGUGGCCAGACAACGUCCCUGUCACACCUGCACACCUGGCUAGACUAGGGUUCUUCUACCUGGGCGUGAGAGACAAAGUGGAGUGCGCAUUUUGUGGAGGAGUGCUGCAUCAAUGGGAGAAGGGAGACGACCCUGAGGUGGAACACAGAAGACACUACCCGCACUGCCCCCUCAUGAAGAAUUGGGCCACGUCCAAUGUGCCUCUCGGCUCCGGACCGUUCCAAACCCAACACAACCUGCAGUGGAACAACUUUGCGGGACAUGGACAACAGCAAAACGUGUCUGCCCCCUAUGGCCGGUCAGAGGGUGUCACCACCGAACCCAGAGGACGGCAGGGUCCGAAACACCCGGAGCUGGCAUCAGAAGAGACGAGGUACUCCACGUACUUCAGGUGGCCGCUCUACUCCCCCAUAUCACCGAGGAAGCUGGCUCAAGCCGGUUUCUUCUACACAUACAUAGACGACCAGGUGAGAUGCUUUUGGUGUGACGGAGGUCUAAAAGACUGGAUGGCAGGCGACGAACCUUGGACAGAACAUGCCCGGUGGUAUGGCGAAGAGUGUGACUUCGUCCUGAACACGAAGGGUGCCCAUUAUGUUCGUUCCAUCAAGGACGGUUUCCCAACACUCGUACCACAGGUUGAACACCACACAUCGGAGCAGUCCUGGCAACACCAGUACGUUGGAGGCGUCCCAGUGUCGAUGGGAGUGAAUCAACAGAACCAGAACAACAGCAACGACCAGAACCAGUACGACAAGCUUUUCCUCGACGCCAUGGAAUCCAGAGUAGUUCAAAACGUUCUGGAAAUGGGGUUUGCUCAGUCAGAUGUAGAAAAGGUUGUCCAUAGACAACUCAAGUCCAAUGGCCAGCCUUUCACCACAAUGACCAGUCUUGUCGAAAGUCUCAUAGCGCUAGAAGAGAAUGGAGGCAAUGACGACAGAGAACCACAAUCAGUCGAACUGCUCCGGAGAAAACUGCAGCAAAUGAAAGAGGAGCGCACCUGCAAAAUCUGCAUGACAAACGAUGCCUGCAUGGUGUUCAUCCCGUGUGGACACCUUUGCUGCUGCAACAGUUGCGCAAACACCAUGCGUAAGAGAGGAUCCACAUGUCCUCUUUGCAGGGCUCGUAUAAGGCAUGUCCAACGGGCUUUCCUUAGCUAAACUUUUCAAAUUUUUAAACGUCAAACGUGUCAUACUCAGGUCUAGCCGUGGAAGUGCUAGACCUUUUUUUUAAUCCCACGCGUGGCCUAAAACGGGUUCAAAAAGGUUUGAAGUUGAAGCGAGGUGGAAAUGUUGUGAGGUUGUGUGGCGUAAUGGGCAGAGCUUUCGCCUAAGAACCGAGGGGUCCUUAGUUCGAAUCCUGCCAUGUCACCGACCUUGUGCCCUUGGGAAAGGCACUUUACACGACUUUCCUUACUUCGCUCAGGUAAAAAUGGGUAUGCCAGAAUGAUCAUUAUCAUGAUUGUGGGCAUCAAAGGAAAAACCAAACCAACUGUACUGCAAAGUGUACAGUU